AUGAAGAAGGUUAACGCGUUCAUAAACAGUGAUGUUCUCACUGAAAUUCUGUCCCGUGUUCCCGCGAAGGAGUUGCUGAGUUUGAAGCUCGUUUGUAAGGAGUGGCAUUGCGUGAUUUCGAGCCGGUCCUUCGCGAAAACGCAGCUGAGAACAACCGAGGUGGUGUUAACGGGGUUCAUUUUGCAGGAGAAGUUCAUGUGGUGCAAUGAGGACAUUAAAAUUGUUAGCUACAUUUUUGUGGAAGAGAUGGCAAGAGGGGGUUCCAAAGUGAACCAAACGGUUUUUGAUUUUCUGCCAGAAGAGGUUGUCAUGUUGGCCUCUUGCAAAGGGUUAGUGUGUUGCCGCAGCUGUUUCCCUUCUGAAAGGCCCUUUAUAUAUGUAUGUAACCCCUGGAGUAGGGAGUGGGUGAAGUUGGAGUGGCCUUGGGCCACUUCUCAGAAUGAAAUAACCAAUGGUCAAAGAAAUAUGGCAUUAGCAUUAGCUGUUGAUAUUGAGCCCUCAAAGGGUUUUGUUGACACAUUCAAGUUGGUGAGAGUUAACCACGUUGCGGUACAAGGGGAUAACGAUGAGGAUGAAGAGGAAGGGGAACUGUACUUUACAUUUGAAUUGUAUUCGUCAGAGAUAAGAGCAUGGAGGAAAUCCAAUGAAACAUGCCAAUGUUAUAGCAAGUUGGUCAAUAAUGAAGGGAUAUACAUAGGGGGUGUCUUGCAUUGGCUCCAUGGUGACCAAGUCCUCACUUUUGAUGUUGAGAAUGAGUUUUCUUGGUUGGUUCCGGCACCGAUUCCGGUGUCGGAGUUUAUGGCUGUUCCUGAAGUAUGCAUUGGGGAAUCUGAAGGAAGACUGCAGUAUGUGGUUGUGUCAGAGCAGGGUGUGCAUGUGUGGGGUCUUGAGGAUUGUUAUGAGGAUAAAUGGAUUCUUGUGUAUUGUAAGUCUCUGGAGGAGAUUGAAGGAGAAUGGCCUCGGUUCUUUAUAAAUUUGAAGGUGCAUGUGAUGGAGAGGGUGAAUGGCCCGUGGGUGAAUCCUCUAGCCUUCAAAGAUGGGCUCUUGUUAAUGAAGUGUGUGAAUCUGUACCUCUUUGAUGUUAAGAACAACAAAAUGGCUCAGGCUUGCUCCAUUCUGGAUCUGAAAUCACAGUGUAUGCUCAAUCCUACUGUAUUUGCCCAUUCACUGAGCUUGGUUCCAUUAAGUACUGCAUAG